CGCAGAUUUUCCGUUUUCGUUUUUUAAAAAAAUCCCGUCCACACGUGCAGUUUUGAAAAAAUAUCUCCGUCCACACGUAAACGCCAAAAACGAAGGCAAACGCUGUUAUGAACAUGCCAAAGCAACAGGCGGCGAUAUAAUCCGAACCGUGUAGAAAUGUUGGCCAAUCAGAAUUCUAGAAGCCAGGGCGGGAAAGAGUACAGAAAGAUGGCGAAUAGAAGUAGGACUGAGUCGUAUGUGUGGACAGACCAUGAGGUGGAACUAUUCCUCAACCUAACACUGGAAUAUAAAAUGGCAAAAACACAAGAAAACGUGGACUGGGAGACUUGUCAGGGGAAAUACGCUGACAUUCACGCUCUUUUUUUAGAGCAGUACCCCUCUGAAAAGUCACAAGAAUUUCCUCAUCGCAAGGAGGACAUAACCAGGGCCAUCAUCACCACCAAGCUGAAGGCAAUAAGGGGGAAGUAUAGGCAAGCGGUAGACUCCGGUCGAAAAAGUGGUCAUGGUAGAGUGGUCCUACUAUACUUUGAGCUGUGUGAACAGAUAUGGGGUGGCUCGCCAGCGACUACUGCCAUUCCGUCAGGUAUAGAAACAGCAGAUGUUGACACAGCUUCUCACCGUUCAGAAUCUGCAUCUACUUCGUCUGCACCUGACAUCUCGACUGUGGAACUGUCAGAUGUGUCUGAUCAAGCACAGUCUGAGGACAGCGAUUUGCCCACUUCUGUAGUAAAGGAACGAAGAGAUCUGCUUAAUGCAAAACUCAAGGGCCACAGACAGGACAGACUUAAAAGAAGACUUUCGAUUGAGACACAGCUGCUGAAUGUUGCCGAGGUGGACAUACAGAUGAAGAAAAGAAUUCUGGAUAUGAUGGAGACAUCUGAGAGGCGAGCUUCUGAACAUUACAGUACAUUAUCAGUCACUCUUGAGAGACUUACAAGUUCAAUUGCAGAUGGAUUUUCACUGCUAAGACAAGCCAUGCAUCCACCACCACCACUACCUUUCAACAUGCCACCAUACCAUGGUGGGCACAUCUAUCCAUGUGCACCAUCACCACACACCGUAUCUGGCACAUUUCCACCCAACACUACCAUAACUGAGCAGCCAAGCACCGCAACUAGCCCACCCUUACCUUUGCAGGGAACAGGGGAGUUUUCCUUCACACGAGCACUUAUGGAGGUUGAUAUUUGAAAUAAUCUGCAUCAUUACUUUUGCUGGGCAGUAAAUGACUAAAGUGGGAGGCUGUUUGGGCUGCAUCUGUACAUUUUAUUUUAUUAUUUUAAUUUAUUUUCAUUAUGCUUUAUGUUAAAACGUUGAAAAUAUGUUUAGGGUUUUUUUUUGCAUUUUAAGAAUGCUCAACUGUUGACAUGUUACAUGUUUUCCAUUAGCUGUUCUGCAGCUCCAAUGUUUUAUGUUUAAAACAGCUGUUAAAUGUAAGAGGUCUUCCUUGUGUUCUCAAAAAAACUUUUAUCUUACUCCUGAGAAGUUUGUGGGUUUGUUUUUUGAAAGGCAGCUUCUUUUGUGUAAGUUUUCAAGUGUCUUCUUGAUUAAAAAUGUCAAUAACUUAAGAUAGUAUUAUGGAUUUUGUCUCAAUGGCUGUUGCAAGAGUUUAUUCAGUAAAGCACUAAACUGAAAAUAUUACAGGGGUCACAAAACGUGUACAAGAUGUUUUAAAAAAAAAAGGGGGGGUCUUAUUCCCUGUAAAUAACAUUUAACUGAAGCAAGGUCCCACUUAUUGAACAUGGUCAGGAUCACACUGGCUGCCUCACUGGCUCUCUUGGCCAGAGUUUAUUCAAUAAAGAAAUAAACUGAAACUUUUACAUGGGUGACAAAAUGCAUACAAUGUAACAAGAAAAAGUCUUAUUCCCUGUAAAAAAACAAAAAACAAAAAAACAAACUUUUAACUGAAGGCAAGGUGCCACUUUCUUAUUGAACAUGGUCAGGAUCACAGUGCACAGAUUGAAGUGUCACAUACCCUGACUUACAAUUUCUGUAGAUAUGACGGUGUCCUACAAUAGAACAAAUCAUUUUUUAUGGAUCGAUGAAUUCAGUAACGACUCUCCUGACUCUCUUCCCUUCUGAUGUCAUGCAGUCAGCUCUGUGAUAAGUCUGUGUGGCUGGCUGGUUGUCCUUGUCCUGCUGAAUUACUUCAGUGACUCUAUUCUCAUCCAUCAUGUCUUUGUUGGCCUCACAGUAGUUAUGGAGCACAAAACAAGCAUAAAUGACAAGAAGUUCAUUUAGAUUAAUGUCCAUUGGCCUUCGCAAUGCUCCAAACCGUGCUUUCAGUCUGCCAAAAGCACAUUCAAUGACCAUUCGAGCUCGACAUAAGCAUAGUCCAAAAUACUGUUCCUGAGCAGUGCUUCCCCCGUUGGGGUACUCUUUCAUUAGGUAAGGAAGCAAUGGAUAUGCUGGAUCCCCAAUAAGAAAAACUGGAAUUGCCUCCUCAUGUUCCACAAUUUGUUUUUUUGAAGAAGGAAUCCUGCCAGUCUUCAAAUGUGUGUUCAGCGUGGAAUUUGCAAAAAUGCGGGCGUACACUGCCUGGCCAUUUCACCACAACAUCAAUAAAUGAAUAACUAUAGUCACAGGUGGCUUGUAUGUUCAGAGAAAACCUCCCCUUCCUGUUAACAUAGUCCAUAGAAUUCGUGGAUGGUUGCUUUAUUUCCACAUGGGUCCCAUCCACAGCACCAAUACACUGAGGAAUUCCAUAGGCUACUUUGGACUCUGUGAGUGGUAACUGUAUAAACACAGGCCCCAAGUGAACAGUAAUUGCCGUGCAAACUUGUCUUAUUAUUUUCGACACCACUUGCCUUGAUAGCCCGAAAGCGUUUGCAGUCUUUCGUAACCUCCCCUCAUCAGCCAAAUAAUACAGUGUGCAUGCCACCUUUUUUACAACGCUAACGGGCAACCUCAUUUCGGUUUUUUGGCCUUCGAUGUGCGGACGAAGUAGCUCACAAAGAGCCAAAAGUGAAGUCCUCGACAUGCGAAAAUUCUCUCGCCAUUCUUCUGGAAGAACCGCCUCGCUUUCAAAGUUGUCCCACCAAGCAGUGGUCCGACCCGGUCGAGUCCAAAACCGAUGAAGACGUUGGCGUCGGGAUUUAGGUUGUGGGAGUGUCUGUGCAGAAAGAAGCCACGUCCGGAGUUCACUGUGGCGCCGCUGUCUUUCGAAAUGGAGGGACAGUAACUGCGUGUGUAUAUGUAUGCCUGUUAAAGCUGCAGAGAGUAAAAUUAACAAUAAAAGUAUUUUGCCUAAGUCCGCCAUUGUACAAAGUCAUCUCACCAAAACAAAGUGGCGCACAGCUUACGUCAAAAAAAGGUGCACACCUAUGACGCUGCGUUUUCUCCGUUUUCCUCAUCCACACGUAAAUGCAAAAACGGAGUUUUAAAAAAUAUCCACCCUGGCUGGAGUUUUUAAAAAUCUCCGUUUUCAGUGACCGAAAACGCCG